UAAGCUUCUCUCAUGGAAAGUUGAAGUUUGUUUUGGGAGUUUCCAAAAUCCAUCACACUAUCCUGAAUUCCUUCGCCGAAAUGUGCACUAAUUCCAUCGUAAACAUCAGCAAACGCUGCCACCGGCGACUCACGGAGACGCGAUUCUCCUGCGAUGCCAUUGCCUCCGCUGAACCAUUCAUUGUUAACAAACAACAAUGGAGAUCCAUUACUAAUUCUGCCUCCACAACCAAAUAUCCUAAAUUCUAUCCACCAUCUCAUUCGCACACAUUUUCGACAGCAUCAUCACCUCCACCAAGGAAGGGAUUUCUCGGCUGGUACUUGAGCAAGCUCGAUUCGCACCCGCUUGUAACGAAAAGCGUCACAUCUUCGAUUAUUUACGCUGCCGCUGAUUUCACCUCUCAGAAGAUGAUUGCUUCACCAUCCUCGUAUGACUUAAUAAGGACAUUGCGCAUGGCUGGAUUCGGGUUGCUAAUAUUAGGGCCAUCACAGCAUCAGUGGUUUAACUUUUUAUCAAAAUUUUUGCCAAAACGGGAUGCCGGGACAACCUUGAAGAAAAUUCUGAUGGGACAGACAAUCUUUGGACCUGUAAUUAAUUCCAUUUUCUUCUCCUAUAGUGCAGUUUUACAAGGGGAAAGUGGUGGUGAAAUUGUUGCCAGAUUGAAGCGUGACCUACUCCCAACAUUGAUAAAUGGCGUCUUGUACUGGCCAACUUGCGAUUUUAUUACGUUCAAGUUUGUGCCUGUACAUCUGCAGCCACUAGUGAACAGUUUGUUCGCAUACAUAUGGACAAUUUAUCUGACACACAUGGCGAACUUAAAGAAAGUUGGCAAGGAUUAGUAUUUGCAUUUACUGUCAACACGGUACCCUUUUUGAAUUAGAGUAGAGAAGAGCAGUUGACCCUUUUUGAUUAAUUUGAGUAGAAGAUAAUUCUCUGACUCUUUUUGAUUGAUUAGUGGUUAGAGAAGUGAAGAGAAGUUGAUGUAUAAAUUGCAACCUUUACAUGAAGAAUUCUGACUCUUUCUGCAUUUGCUGUAUAUGGAUCUUAUUAAUGCUUUGAUUCAACCAUGGAAUUGGAAUUGAUCUCAA